UAUCUAUUUUUGUCAAAGUACUUUGGUAGUCCAUGAACUGGAUUAAUUGAUAGCUGAGCAUACUAAGUAAAUCUCCUGAUUUUUUAGCAUUUUACUAUAUGUUUACAAUAUGCCUAGCAUGCUGACACUGGUUUUCAGAAAGCUUAAGGUAGGAAGCAAGCCACAAAAAGAAGAAAGCUCAAUGGCACCGCAACCAGAUGCGUCGCAGCAGAGGGUUCAACCCCCAAAGAAACAACGUUCUGAUUUUGAGUUUGGAAAGAUUCUUGGUGAAGGAUCAUAUUCAGAGGUUGUUCAAGCUACUGAGAAAACCACAAGAAAAGAGUAUGCAAUUAAGGUAUUAUUAAAGCGACAGAUGAUCCGGGAGAAUAAACAGAAGUAUGUGAUGCGAGAGCGAGACGUUCUAACACGCUUAAAUCACCCGUUUUUUGUAAAGUUGUAUUUCACCUUUCAAGAUAAGGAUAGGCUUUAUUUUGGUUUAAGUUUGGCAAAACGUGGAGAGUUGUUACCCUACAUACAUAAAGUUGGGUCGUUUGAUGAGUGCACGACUCGAUUCUAUUCUGCAGAAAUUAUACUAGCACUAGAACACAUGCACAGCUUAGGCAUCAUUCAUAGGGAUUUAAAACCAGAAAAUAUAUUAUUGAAUGAAGACUGGCAUAUUCAAAUUACUGAUUUUGGUUCAGCAAAAAUUCUAGAGGCUGAUAGUUCAGAUGGAAUUGUACGUGCAAAUUCAUUUGUUGGAACUGCUCAAUAUGUCUCACCCGAACUCCUGACAACAAAUAGAACAGAGAGAGUAGAAAAAUCAGCCAGUAAAUGUUCUGAUUUAUGGGCACUUGGAGCAAUUAUCUACCAGUUACUGGCAGGUUUGCCGCCUUUCAGGGCAGGAACAGAGUAUCUAAUUUUCCAGAAAAUUCUAAAAUUAGAAUAUGUGUUUCCAGAUGGGUUUCCAGAGAAGGCUAGGGAUUUAGUACAAAAAUUAUUGGUUAUUGAUCCCAAGAAGAGGUUAGGGUGUGAUGAGUGUGGCGGUUACCCCAAAUUGAAGGCUCACCCAUUUUUUCAAGGUGUAGAUUGGGACAACAUCCACAAACAAACACCUCCCGCUCUUAAACCUUUCACAAUGUUAGAUGGCGAAGAAAUACAUAGUGAUUAUUACGUUGAUGAUUUUAAUAUAUUAACACCAAAUAGUCUAUCAGAUGUUUUUGAAAAAAUAAACACAAACGAAACAGAGAAUGAAAAGACACACUCUAAGAAGUACGUUCUAGACCACUCAAGUGAGGAGCGUGCUCAUUUGCUAAGCAAACAAGAAAAAGAUGUGAAAUGGCAUCAAUUUGUGGAGGGAAACCUAAUCUUGAAGAUGGGCCUGGUAGAUAAAAGGAAGGGUCUGUUUGCACGGAGGCGGCAGUUAUUGUUAACAGAAGGCCCUCAUUUGUAUUACGUGGAUCCAGAAAACAUGGUUCUCAAAGGGGAGAUCCCAUGGUCCAGGACCUUGAAAGUUGAAGCUAAGAAUUUCAAGACUUUCUUUGUACACACGCCAAAUAGGACCUACUACCUGAUUGAUCCGGAAGGAUAUGCACUGGAAUGGUGCCGUGCCAUUGAUGAAAUGAUGCACUACACGUACCAAGCAUGAGUGUGCGGGUAUUAAAAUGGUAUGGUGUCACACGAAAAUGUGCAGAAGUCGCUGUAAAAUUCCUGCUCAAGGGUGGCAAAUCCGUGAUGACACCCUUUACGCACGGUAGCAGGAAAAAUCGGUUUCUGACAUCCGUGUCAAUUUCGACGAGAAAAUAGCAUGUUGCAUUGAUGUGUGGUGGAUCAGUUUUUUAUUACGAAUCAAAAUCUAAGGAAAACAGUUGCCUAUUACAUAAUGGGCAGUCUGAAAAUAGACACAACGCUGAUUAAUUUAAUGAAAAUGGCAUUGAAACCUACUCUGCCUGGUUGUUCGUUCUGAUUUAUUUGAACAUCAGUCAGAAGUCUCAAAAAAUUUAGAGGAGUAUAACUUGUUAUAUUAUAGUUUAAAAUUUAACGGAAAUUUUUUCAAAGGUGCAAUCAAUGAAAUUUCAUGAUGAAAAUAGUGUGUAUAGUUUCUUUGGGGUUACCGUGGUAACAGUGUCAAAGGUAAAGAAGGACAAGUCAGCACUAGAUUUAUAUUCAAAAUAGUUUUCCUCCCAGUUGAAUAAAAAGAAAAAUUCAAAAGCUAUAGUAGAGAGUUAUUCAGGGCCGCUGAAAGAAUGCCCUCGGGGCAUAUAUUAAAACUGGCUUAAAACGUUAUCUAAUGACCUAAUUUCUUUUACCGUAUAUCACCUUUAAUAUUCUACUUUUUGUCCCCCAUAAGAAAUGGAGGAUACACCAAGAAAAAUAGUGUUCCCUUUUUUCAGCGAGCUUGGUUAAAAUCUACGGUAUUAUCAUUGUAUGAUAUUUUAAAAAAAAUAAUAUUACAUAUUAGCAAACGCAUUGAGCAAGUCGUCAAUUUUGCUUAACUUUAUUCUAUAUUAAAUUAAAUAAUAAUCAAGUAACAUUGUCUAAACUUUCUUCAUUCAUUAUUUUUUUAAAGAUUAUUUUUAUCUUUUUGAAAAAUCAGUGAGAAAUGAUGUGAAUAAAAGAACUUGAUUAAAAACAAACUAAGAAUGGGAUGAUUAAUGAAGUCUAACAAACACACACAGGUGCAACAAUGUAGAAUUUUGUUUUUGUAAGUAUAGAAAUUGAAGGAUGUAUUUUUUCCAAAAAUGAUAACAUACACAUGUGCAAUUUUGGGUUUUUUUCUAGAUGAACAAAUUUAGAUUACAUAUCAUUUUAAAGUAACAGUAAACACAUAUUCUUUUAGGAAGCCUAUUUAAACAUGUACACAGAUACUAUUGACAAUAAUCCAUUUUUUGAGAUGUUCUCUAUAUAAAACGUUAUGGCGUUGGUGUGGGUGCAGUACGUGUUUAUUAGCUCAAUCAGUGUUUUUACAGAGCUUACCUCGAACACUUUAGGAUGUACCAACCCAAUAAAAGAAACUUCAGUCAUUAUUUCCAACUUUUAAAAAAAUAAUAUUGUGAGAAAUAGUUUACCCAGUGCUGGAUUCAGACUGGGAUAUGUUUUUAGUUUUGCAUACCUCAGCCUAUAAUAAGUUACCCAAGUGACCAUAAGCAUAUAGAUAGUCUCUCCCCUCUUGCUCUUGCCCAUCUCCUUGUCUUCCAUUCAAGCGUGUCAUUCUUUCUAAGUGGACCUUUUCACUAAAGGCCUGUCCAAACUAUCAAAUAUAUGACAAAAGCGUGUAAUAUGCCUAUAUAUAGUCAUGAUGACAUCACGUCAUGACUAUAUAUAGGCACAUCAUGACUAUAUAUGGGCAUACAACAGUUGGGUAUUGUUAAUGUCCCAAAAACGACGGCGUAAAUGCAUGUAGACUUGUGUGGCAUGCAUGCAUUCUUAGCUCUGUUUAUGAUUGGUCAGUUUUUAAGGUUAAUUAACACUCCAGUAAGUUCGUUGUCUUGCACUGUGUUCCACGCGAUGUUGAUUUGACGCAGUUCGUCAUAUUUGAAUAACAAGGUUUUAUUUCCUGUUUUUUGCCAUUUUCCAAAAACAGCACUUAUAUUUCAAAUUGCUGUCAGUGUUGCAUUUGCAAUUUUAGGUUUUAAAAUGGAUACACAUGCUGUUAAUAUAUAUUUGUCCUUAAUUGUUCCAGCUCAUUCAUGUAAUACCUUGUUUCACUGACCGUUUUUUCCUCACAAAUAAAAAAAUAAAAUAAAAAUAUCCUAUAAACAGUUUUGAAACUUUUUGGCAUCAAUCAUCUAACUUCCCCAGAUCUACUCUCUACUCGUUUAAAUGAAGCUUCUAAUUACAAAAACACCUUUACUCCCAUAUGGGCUGUGGUCUGCCUCCAGGCCCCUGCUAAAGGCCCAGGGCAGGCUGUGUCUCCGCACCCCUGCCGUUGGGCCUGGCACGCGCUUGGCAGCCCUGAUUAACCCAUGCAUCAGUAUUGACUAGGUGUGUAUUCAUUAAUUUGUUUAAACACCAUAUUGCAUGUUAACGACAUUCUACGAAAAUUUAAGACAAAUUACGAAUAUUAAAAUUGUGCAUAAUAAUGUCCCUUUGUCCAGGACACUACAAAUUGUUCUCGGAAACUAUUACUAUUUAGGAUGUACAAUACCAUCUUCAAUCUGCAUAAUUUAAUUUCAUUACUACUUUUCUUGAUUUCUGUCCACCAUAAACUCUGUGAUUAAUAUUGUACCAUCUUAUUUUGAAUUAUAUUUCUCAAGGAUUUAAUAACAUUAUGUAAAUCUUCUGUUUGGAAAUCUUACCUCCAUAAACCGGCACAAAACUCAUGAACGUAUGCAUUGAAUUUUUUUUUUUUUAUGUGUGUACCUGCGUACAAUCCACACCACUCUAUCUGCUCAGCGGUAGAUCCAGCUAGUUGGGACGGGGAUGCCCCUUUCCACAGCACAUUUGCAAAAGGGGUCUAUGCUAGAGAGGAAGCAUAUUUGAAAAUGUCCAAGUUUAAAUAAGGUCCCCUUCCCCCAUGUAAUGCUACUUCUCUUGGUUUACAUAAUUGGCAAAAAAUAAAAUUUUUUAAUUUUAUUUGAAAUCAUUAUUGCCGGGUGGCAGAUUUGCUAAACAAAGUUUAAAGAAAAGUCUUGCCUUCCCUCAAAAACCACCAUUUAAAAUGGCUCUGUAUUAACUUGUGAAAACAAGUAUUAAUCAUCUUUAUUGAAAAUUCUGUCAUAUUCUUGUUAAUUAUUAAUAUUAUAAAUUAUUAUUGUUGUUGUCAUUUGCUAUUUUUCUUUAUUAAUAUAUUACUGAAAAUUAUUUAAAGAUUUGUACUGUGUCUGUCUUUUUUAAAUAUGUACGAGAAUUUAAAUGUAGAAACGAAAUGCAGUUGUAAAAUAGAGGCCUUUGCACACAUUUGUAAAGUAUGUUAUUAAAUGGGUGAAACUUAUCUGAA